CUAUGCUAAGAAUGUGAAAUAAGAUAAAGCCAAAGGUAACAUAGCAGACCUAUUAUUUCCAUAUUUAUAAAAUUAUGUUCAUGUGUAGGUUCAUCUUUAAUAUAGGUGCUGUAAUGUUCAUCAAUUGUUGGGCAAAAUGAACACUUGAAAUGAGGAAAUGGUAAAAAAAUAGGUUCGAAUCGCAACAAUUGCCCCAAAAACUGAAGAUCAAAUUUCGCGCUGAAAACGGCUUCUCCACAUUCACAGCAUAGUCCCGCCCCUUUCUUCCCCGAAUCAAUGGGUAUUGUUUUCGGCGAUGCUGUGGACGCGACGCGAUGUGUGUAAGCACGGCGAAUACUACAGAGAGUCGAGUUGUAGCGUUAUUGACUCUGAAAGAUAAAUAAGGAACUCUCGGGAUUAUUAUGUGGAUAUUUACUGAAUGAACAUGUCGACGAGUGUGCAUAUACUAUGGAGAUUGACUCUAGUUUUCAUCCCGAGGUAGCGUAUGGUGAUAAUUGGCGUGUAAAGGACGAUAAGUUGUCGGUUUGUCAGACGACUAUCGCACGCGACGGGACGGCCAUGGGGCAGGCAACGAAACGUUCCGGGAGAAAGUCCCGCAAGAACUACGUGCCUGUGAAGAUCGCUCGAAUCGAGGAGGCUGAGCCGAGCAUUCACAAAAAUGGCUUUGAAUCGGACGAAAGUGACGAUUAUGACGUCAAUGUGAUAGCUCCAGAGCAGGGCUUGCCACCGCUGGCCCAGCCUUCGGAGGAGAAGAUGCGAUGCGAGCAAGAAGCCACGCAGAUGGUGAACGAUGCCAACUUGGUCCUGGGUGAUCGGUCCAUCAAGAGCCCACAACUCAAUGACCUGAUAGCUAGUCUAACAUCACUCAUGCUACAGAUCAAAUCAUUGGCCAAAGGCGACAUGAAUUCUGUCGGAUACAGCUCUCUUAACGAGUCUAUUGCGGAUCUCAAGAAGAAAAUACACCCUAGCAAUCACAAGUGCUUUGAAGACAACGUUGAAGUGCAUAUAGCUCAUAUACAGAGUGGUAUGAGCCAGAUGGGGAACCUUCAUGCAUUCUCUGAGAGACACGUCUCGUACUGAAACACUGCAGGACCGCUUCCAGAGAAGGGACAGUUCACCAUUCUUCUCCAUCAAGCGGCAUGUCUUGGGGGUUUCAGGAAUGGGAAACUUACAUGCAUUCUUGGAGAGACCUGUCUCGUACUGACACACUGCAAUAACUGCUUCCAGAGAAGGGACAGUUCACCAUUCUUCCCGAUCAAGAGACUUGUCUCAGGGUUUCAGGAAUGAACAUUCGCAAAGAAAUGCUGCAGGGCUGAAUGAAUAGCCUUUUUACCGAUUGUUGUAAGCUUCAUUCUAAGGGAUCAAAAUGAAUGAAGCACUAGUUUAGGUGGAUAUGAAGUCCAUCAUUCUUUCCCAUCAAGCUUCAUGUAGCGCAUUUCAGGAACGGAACAUCCACAUUGAAACGCUGCAUUGGUGAAUGAAUAUAGCCCUUUGAGAGACCAUUGGUUUUCGCUCCGAUCCGAUGCCAGGCAUUGAAUAAAAUGUUUAGUCGAGGCAGAUUCGUAGCCCCAACAAUGUUAGUGUAGCUGGUUUUAGACUGAACAUCUACAACAAAAUGCUGCAGGAAUGAAAAGCUUAUUCAGAGGGGUUGGUUUUUGGCGUCAUUGCGAUGCCACAAAUUAAAUGAAGGCCGAUUGGCACGUAGAGAUUGGUGUGACUUGCAUCGUGAUUCAAAUUCAACCGAGCUCUCCUGGAGAAGCAGUGCAGCUCAAGAUCAGGCUUGGAUGAAAAUAGUUGCACUUAGUAUCCUCUGGAGGUAGAGCCAUAUUAAUCCAGCUUGUAUUAUUUCCCUGUGUUUGUACGAGAGGGAACAAGUGUUGCAGUUUUUAAACCUUGGUGACCUUUGGAACUGCAUUAGCUGCAUUUGAUAAGAGUCAACAUCGCAUCCCUUGGCCCCGUCUUACGAAGAAUUAGAUUGAUCCAAUCAAUCUCAUCUGUAUGGAAAUCCAUACCAUAAUUUCUUUUCGUCAGGAAAUUUGCACAAUCUUCUUAGUAAACAAAGAGAAUCACACUGAAUUUUCAAGAGAAUGAUGAAUGUAUGCAUAUACAUCAUAUCUAGAAAAUAUUUUGAACAAACAUACAUUGUAAAUGUUGAUUUUGCUGGCUGUCCGUAGUUAUGGCUGAUUGGAUCAAUCGCAACUCUUUGUAAGACGAUGAGCACAAGUUUGUCCUGGCGGAUGAAUAAUAUGAUUUUCAAAUUAUGCAAGGGUUCACACUUCCAGUACAGGGCAAACUCUCAUGCAAGUAUGAAGAAGAGACAAACAAAAAGAACUAGCAUCACAAGGAGAAAAGCAAUUAUGUACAACUUUGACAGCAGCAUAACAAAAAGACAGAGCUAGGAUUUGGUUACAACAUACCAUCUUGUUGCAUGCUGAAAUAUUGCAUAUUAUACAGUCUCGGUUCUUCUCUUGUAUUUACAAGUUUAGAUCAACUUCCUUGUUGCCACAUUUUUUACUUCAAGUUUUUAUUUGUAGGAGGUUUGGUCAAAUAUUAAUUGCUGCUAACUUGAACAAAGGGAACCAUACCUACCAACUCUCCUUAAACACUUAAUGAUUAAACUUCAAUGCUCCCUCAUUUUGAUAGAGUGUAAUAAAGAAAGAUACUGCUCAAUUUUUUUAAUUUGUCCUGAAAAGUGAAUAUUUAGCAGAUAUGUCAGUUGAAGUGGGAUGCUGUUUUUGCAAUGAUAGUAUAAAUUGCCAUUUAUGAUCGACGGAAGAAAAAGUUUGUAGAUCUGUGGUCACUUGGAGAGUAUUUCAUGAAAAAAUUGCCAGUGAUUUUCAGGGAUUAAUUUGCUCUCAGCCAAUCAGAUGCAAGGAUUUCAGUAGCUUGUAACAUCUAUUGGCAAAAAUCAUUGAUCGAAGAUUUCAUGAAACACUCUCCCUGGAUUCUGACCAAGCCAUUUCAAGUAUACACAAACCUUUAUUUUAUGUGCUUUAAUCAAUAGUGUACCAGGACCUCAUAACACCUACACACCUGGGGAGCGUUUCAUGAAAGGACUUGUCAGACGUUUUAUCCGACGAGUCCCAUUUUAUCCGACAGUUGCCAUAGUAACAGUGCUUCUUAGCCAAUCAACAUCAAGGAAAGAUGUCAGAUCUGACAACUUGUCGGACAAAAAUGUUGAUGAAACACUCCCCUGAUACUCAAACUGAUUUUUGAAAUUGAUUACAUUGCUCAUUACAUGCAAUCAAUUGUACAAACCAACUUUACGAUCAAUCGCUAAGUUUUGUGUUAUGGGGCCCAUUGUGAAAGGGGAAUAAGGAUUGAAUGGGGGUCAGUAAAAUUACAGUAGACUUGUCCCGUCUGUAUAAAGAUAAGUUGUACUUGUAUAUAAGAGAUUAUAUAUUUAUUAUACAAAUGAUCAUAUUGAUGCUUUGUUAUCGACAAAUUGAAGAGACGUGGUGGUGAAGUGAUUGUAGAAACGGGUUCAGUCUUACUUUUGAUUUGAUAAUCGUGCACCAUUUAGGUUGAAAAUAUAUAUCAUUCUUAUGGGUUGUUGCAAGAAAAUAUUUGCAGUCAAUUGCUAAUUUCUGUUGCUAUUUUACUAUUGAUAGAUCAAUUUUAGCUCAAGCAAUUUGGUUUAUACUCCUUGUUACUGGAGGCAGAUUGGUAAUCAACUGCAAAUUUGAAAUUAAUUGCAAGACAUAUGAUUGACUUUGGAAACGUCAUUGGGUUUGCAAUUAAUCAUAUUUUUUUGUGAAGCCCCAUUAUAAUCAAGACUAUAAUGGCUUGACCCAUAUUAUUUCUAUUAUAAUUAUUUGAAUUACAGUGUAGUCUUUUACUUUAGCUCGUUGUAUAGAGCUGAUAUGUUUCUUUUAUAAAGUUGGAAAGAUGAUCAGAGCAAAAUGUUCAAACAUUUACAAUGUUAUCCUCACACAGAGAAAAAGAUAAAAGAAUUAUAGAACAAUAAGGGAGAUAGACAGAAGGAGAGAGAGAGAGGGGGGAUAUAGAAAGAGAUAAAAUCAGAGAGAGAGAGAGAUGUCAUCUCUGUUAGCAAUACCUUUCCUAUUUUGUAAAGGGAAAGAUGAAAAGAGCAAUAUCGAUCUGGGGCCCGUUGCAUAAAAGUUACUAUUAUGGUACCGUUGCCAUCCAACGAUGAUCAUCAGCCAAUCAGAAUCAAGGAUUUCAGGAAAGUUACCAUUGGUUGGCAAAGUUACUAUAAUAGUAACUUUCAUGCAACGGACCCCAAUUGCUGCUCAGUGUCUGCCAGGCCCACAGUCGAAUGGGCAAUGUGUGUUUUCGGUGGAUUUCUAUUUCUGAUCUCCAUUUUAAACAAAAUAUAGAAUAUUUUUGUCAUGAAACGGGCCCUCGGAAAUAUAUUCCCAUUAAUUAAGUAGAACAACACUCUUGGAAAUACACUCAUUGUAAUGGAGUUAUUAGUAUUUUUUAAUAUGUUCCGAUAAUACUUUCUAGUGAAAACUCUUCUUUUUUUUUCAGUAUCCAUCUGAAUUAUUUAAGUUCAAUAUUCAUAAUUUUCAUUGCUUUUGUUUUGCAAUUUGUAAUUUGCAAAACUCUAUUAAUACCAUCCUUGAUGGAUUGUACAUUAUGUAAAUAUGCAAUUGAGUUUCUUACAAAAUAAAUCUACUAUUGAAAGCUA